GGGUCUCCCGCCAACUGAAUAAUCACAGCAUACGAUAUACGAGUCUCUUUCGCUUUACACGACCAGUGCUAUCGGUGGCCGAUCGUCGAAUCACAUCAUGAUCGAUCGUGACCCGCCAACAUGAGCGCCGCCACCGACGUUAUCGUUGUCUCCUCUUCUCCAGAACGCAUGCCCUGUCGCACACCAAGCGGGCCUCCAGCUUAUGAUCCCGAGCGCUUAUUCGGGCUCUCUCCCCGAGAGUAUUCCUCGCCUUCCGUACAGUCGCCAUCGGAACUAUUCCGAGUCGAAUUGCAGUCUAGAUCUUUCAGCACCAAAAACCAGGCGGAUGGCGCGCAACCCGACGCAAACGAAACUUCUCGAGAAACAGCGAACGCCGGGAAAGCGAAUGAAUCUGGACGGAAAACAAAAUCGAAGCCACAGGGGGUAGGGGAAAAGCGGAGGGGAAGGAAACCGAAAGUCACCCGCGACGAACCGGAUGCGCCUGCUGAGGUGGAGUCAUCUGUUGCCGAGAUCAAUGUGAAAACGUCGGAAGCGAACACUAGCACGAAGAAGAAGCGAUCCGUGGGCUCUAAAAAGCAAACCAAAUCGGCAAAUAAGACCCUUACUGGAAGAAUCGCGAAGUCUGGUACUGUGACUACGAUAGAACCGUCGAAGGCGGACUGUUGUCCAUCGACUCCAAAAUCCUCAUCGGAGCAGAGAGUCGUCGAGGGAACAGACGAUUGGCAAAAUGAUGGACUGCAGCUGGAACCAGCUAUGAAACGGCGGUUAGACUGGACUCCGGUCAAGAAUACGACAAAGAGCGCUAGCGAAACCGUUGUUGAGUUAGAAGAGGUGUCCCAUUCGGCCAAAAAUUCUGGCUUUGGAGGCCUACUCUCUGGCUAUGGGUUCAAUGGGGUCUCGGAUACAUCCAGGGAUACCCCUAACGUGGCUGAAGAGGCCGGACCGACCAAGCGGCGCCGGAUAGAGCUUGUGGAUUCAAGAUGCCAUCUUACGGCCCUUCACGCAUCGAACACUACUAGUGAUAAUACACCUACCGAAAGUGAAACACAACCUUCGAAGACGCAGAAACCCGAAAGGAAACGCAAAACGAGACCCAAGAAGAUAACUACGCUCACAGGCCGUGUCACAGCUCUUUAUAAUAACAGUGUUACUGACAGCGUUACUGAAUCUACCGACUCCGCAUCCCAAGCAACACUGGAUUCCGGGGAGGGCGCAGUGGCAACGAAACAGAAUAGAGCCAAGUCUAAACGAAAGGGGAAAGCGAAUUCGCAACCUCAGGAACCUCAAUUUAUUGUUCUGUCGCCGGAGGCGGCUGCUAAGACUAUCGAGGACCAGGACCUUGUCUUUGGUACCUGUAGUCAGUUGGAGAGGGAAGAGUCGCCACAAACGCUACGGGAGAUGCAGGCUGCAAUUCACGAGUCGGAGAGGAGUAUGGCUACAGAUCUCUCACAAGAGUCGAGGCCUGGUUCGUUGUUCAAUAGGAUGACUCGAUUCAACAACACAAAAAGCCUGUGGUCUAUCGCAGCUAGGGACAGUGAAGGAUCACUUGUCCAAGCAGAAGUUUUGGAUAUGGUGGAUAUGCCUGCUAUUUCGAAGAUCGAGAGAGAGAGUAACGAGGAUAAAUGUCCCGAGAAGAACAGCGACGAACAUACAAACGACAACAGCAAACAGCACGCUGUCAUCGAUUUAGAGACUGCCAGACAGGUCCAAGCCACAAAGGUUACUUCUUCUCCUGCGUCAACAACUAUGCCGUUCCAAGAACCGCAGUUCUCGCAAGACAAACCACAACAGACACCCCAACCUCCCGAACCAAACCUUCCAAUGCCGCAAUUCAACGCUUUUACGGAUGCUGAACUCUCAAAGCAAAUCACCACUUACGGCUUCAAGCCACUCAAAAGCCGCAAGAAAAUGCUAGAGCUGCUCCAGAAAUGCUGGGAAUCCAAGCGAGGCCCUCGCUCCAAUGCCGAAGAUAAACAGCCGAAUCCUCCAGCUUCACAAAGCUCCUCGUCCCAGCAACAGGCGCCCAAAAAACGACAGCGGAAGACUAAUACGACCAAAAAGACGAGCGCCACAACCAAGGCGAAGACUCAACCGCGUACUUCGGCCAAACCAGCUACAACCAAUGCCCAGUCUCAAGCAUCAGACCCGAAGGAUAAUAGCCAGCCACUCAACAUGCGCGCAACAACCCCAGAGCCAGUACCACCAAGGCGAUCAUUCAUCGACGUAGAAGAAAUUGAAGACUCCGAAGACGAAGUCAUCCCUUCUCCUCACCGUUUACAAAACCAGUAUACCACCAACGCCACCGAAAACAAGCAACAACAAUCCCUACCCAUCUCACCCCUCCCAACCAGUCCAUCAAAAGCCCACACGGUCUCAUCCACCCAAAACAACAAGACAGAAGCAGCCCCCCCAGAACUGUCCAGUCAAAUCACAGCCGCAGUGCGCGCCCAAACCAGAAUUCUAGGCCACAACAGACGUCUCACCUGGCACGAGAAGAUCCUCAUGUACGAUCCGCUCAUUCUCGAGGACUUCACAGCCUGGCUCAACACAGAAGGACUGGGUCUUGUCAAUGAAGACCGUGAAGUGGGGGCCGGGUUUGUGAGAACCUGGUGCGAGAGUAAGGGGAUUUGCUGCUGUUAUCGGCGGUCAGGUAGUGGGGGGAGAUGAGUGGGUGGGAAGGAGGUUAGCGCUGGUCGUUAAUCUCUCUGUUUUUAUGGUUGGGUUGGGUUGGAUUUGGAUUGUGUUUAUUUUGUACUGCUGUUGGUGUU